CGGUGUCCGGGGUGAGAAAGGCCCCGCCAGCAAUCCAUGCCACAAUCAGCGAUGGCUGAGCGGGUCUGGACCUCGCGGGACCGGGAUGCACGCCUCCAAGCAAAUGCACAGCGCGGCUAAAUUGGAUUCGACAGCACCGGAAACGGCGACUCCCACUUGGGGCGCUGCGGACACACGAGUCGAGGCUGCCUUCCAGGAAGCAAACAAAAAAAGGGGGGAAAAGGGGGGGAAAGAAAGAAAGAAAGAGAAAAAGGAGGGCGAGUGGCGAGCAGGGGCCUCGGCCGCCGCCCACACGCCCCGCAGCGUGCUCGUCCCCCGCGCAGGGCUCCCAGCUGCAGCCCUCGGCCAACAGCCACUCCCGGGUGGCCCAGGCCUCUGACUCCGCGGCCGGCCCGCCGCGGCCCGGCGCCCUCAGGGAUCAUGGCCCAGGUAGCAGUGUCCACCCUGCCUGUUGAAGAAGAGUCCUCCUCAGAGAGCAGGAUGGUGGUGACAUUCCUCGUGUCUGCCCUCGAGUCCAUGUGUAAAGAACUGGCCAAGUCCAAGGCAGAAGUGGCCUGCAUCGCAGUGUACGAAACAGACGUGUUUGUCGUCGGAACCGAGAGAGGAUGCGCUUUUGUUAAUGCCAGGACGGAUUUUCAGAAAGAUUUUGCAAAAUACUGCGUUGCAGAGGGGCUACGUGAGGUGAAACCUCCCUGCCCUGUGAACGGGAUGCAGGUCCACUCCGGAGAAACGGAAAUACUCAGGAAGGCAGUGGAGGACUAUUUCUGCUUUUGUUAUGGUAAAGCCUUAGGGACGACGGUGAUGGUGCCUGUUCCCUAUGAGAAGAUGCUGCGAGACCAGUCGGCUGUGGUAGUGCAGGGGCUUCCAGAAGGCGUUGCCUUUCAACACCCUGAGAAUUACAACCUUGAAACCCUGAAAUGGAUUUUGGAGAACAAAGCAGGGAUUUCAUUCAUCAUAAAUAGACCCUUCCUCGAACCAGAGAGUCAGCUGGGUGGCCCUGGGAUGGUAACAGAUGCUGAGAGAUCCAUAGUAUCAUCAAAUGAAAGCUGCGGCCCCAUCAGUGUGAAAACUGAACCCAUGGAAGAUUCUGGCAUUUCUCUGAAAGCAGAAGCUGUCGCAGUCAAGAAAGAAUCAGAAGAUCCUAAUUACUAUCACUAUAAUAUGCAAGGAAGCCAUCCUUCUUCCACAAGCAAUGAAGCAAUAGAAAUGGAAUUACCAAUGGAAGAUUCCACUCCUCUGGUGCCUUCAGAAGAACCAAAUGAGGACCCUGAAGCCGAGGUGAAAAUCGAAGGAAACACAAAUUCAUCCAAUGUUACAAACUCUGCAGCAGGUGUUGAAGAUCUUAACAUCGUUCAAGUGACUGUUCCAGAUAAUGAGAAGGAAAGAUUAUCAAGCAUUGAAAAGAUUAAACAGCUAAGAGAACAAGUUAAUGACCUCUUUAGCCGAAAAUUUGGUGAAGCAAUUGGCGUGGAUUUCCCUGUGAAAGUUCCCUACAGGAAGAUCACAUUCAACCCUGGCUGUGUGGUGAUUGACGGCAUGCCCCCGGGGGUGGUAUUCAAGGCCCCCGGCUACCUGGAAAUCAGUUCCAUGAGGAGGAUCUUGGAGGCAGCUGAGUUUAUCAAAUUCACAGUCAUCAGGCCGCUUCCAGGGCUUGAGCUCAGUAAUGUGGGAAAACGAAAGAUAGACCAAGAGGGCCGUGUGUUUCAAGAAAAGUGGGAGAGAGCGUAUUUCUUCGUGGAAGUACAGAAUAUUCCAACAUGUCUCAUAUGCAAACAAAGCAUGUCUGUGUCCAAAGAAUAUAACCUAAGACGCCACUAUCAAACCAACCACAGCAAGCACUACGACCAGUAUACGGAGAGAAUGCGUGACGAGAAGCUUCACGAGCUGAAAAAAGGGCUCAGAAAGUAUCUCUUAGGCUCGUCAGACACUGAGUGUCCCGAGCAAAAACAAGUGUUGGCAAACACAAGUCCAACCCAGAAAUCCCCCGUGCAGCCUGUGGAGGACCUGGCUGGGAACUUAUGGGAGAAGUUACGUGAAAAAAUCAGGUCUUUUGUGGCAUAUUCUAUCGCAAUCGAUGAGAUCACGGAUAUAAAUAAUACCACCCAGUUGGCCAUAUUCAUCCGCGGUGUCGAUGAGAACUUCGAUGUGUCCGAAGAACUUCUGGACACGGUGCCCAUGACGGGUACAAAAUCUGGAAACGAGAUCUUUUCGCGUGUUGAGAAGAGUCUGAAAAAGUUCUGUAUCGACUGGUCGAAAUUAGUAAGCGUGGCCUCCACUGGCACCCCAGCGAUGGUGGAUGCCAAUAACGGGCUUGUCACAAAACUGAAGAGCAGGGUGGCCACGUUCUGCAAGGGUGCGGAACUGAAGUCCCUCUGUUGUAUAAUUCAUCCGGAAUCACUCUGUGCUCAGAAGCUGAAGAUGGACCACGUCAUGGACGUGGUAGUGAACUCCGUGAACUGGAUAUGCUCCCGGGGACUGAACCACAGCGAGUUCACAACCUUGCUCUAUGAGCUGGACAGCCAAUAUGGCAGCCUCCUGUACUACACGGAGAUUAAGUGGCUCAGUCGCGGGCUGGUGCUAAAGAGAUUUUUCGAAUCGUUGGAAGAAAUCGACUCCUUCAUGUCGUCCAGAGGGAAACCCCUGCCUCAGCUGAGCUCCAUAGAUUGGAUCCGAGACCUGGCCUUCUUGGUUGACAUGACGAUGCACCUGAACACUUUGAACAUCUCUCUCCAAGGGCACUCCCAAAUCGUCACGCAGAUGUAUGACUUGAUCCGGGCGUUCCUAGCAAAACUGUGCCUCUGGGAGACUCAUUUGGCGAGGAAUAAUCUGGCUCACUUUCCCACCCUGAAAUCGGUUUCCAGAAAUGAAAGCGAUGGCCUGAACUACAUUCCCAAAAUCGCGGAACUCAAGGCCGAAUUCCAGAAAAGGCUGUCCGAUUUCAAACUCUAUGAAAGCGAACUGGCUCUGUUCAGCUCCCCGUUCUCCACGAAGAUCGACAGUGUGCACGAGGAGCUCCAGAUGGAGGUGAUCGACCUGCAAUGCAACACGGUCCUGAAGACGAAAUAUGACAAGGUGGGAAUACCAGAAUUCUACAAGUACCUCUGGGGCAGCUACCCGAAAUACAAGCACCACUGCGCAAAGGUUCUCUCCAUGUUCGGGAGCACCUACAUCUGCGAACAGCUCUUCUCCAUUAUGAAACUGAGCAAAACAAAAUACUGCUCCCAGUUAAAGGAUUCCCAGUGGGACUCUGUACUGCACAUCACAACAUGAUGGAGAGAAAACUCCUGGCAGGGCCCUAUGGUGGGAAGGGCUGGAGUCUUCUAGGCCCAAAGGAGAUGACAAAAUGAAUUAUUUUUUUCUUUUUUGAGACGGAGUCUUGCUCUGUUGCCCGGGCUGGAGUGCAGUGGCGCGAUCACAGAUCAAUGCAACCUCCAGCUCCUGGGUUGGAACGAUUCUCCUGCCUCAGCUUCCCGAGCAACUGGGACUACAGGCGUGUGCCAUCAGGCCCGGCUAAUUUUUGUAUUAAUAGAGACGGGGUUUCACCAUGUUGGCCAGGCUGGUCUCGAACUCCUGACCUCAGGUGAUCCACCCGCCUCGACCUCACAAAGUGCUGGGAUUACAGGUGUGAACCACUGUGCCCAGCCGACAAAAUGAAUUCUUAAACUUUUUUUUCAGUUUUUUUCCACUUUGAAUCAGAAAUAUAAUCUGCAGUAUCAUACUUGUUUAUAUGACAUUGUAUGCCUCACUACUCAGUAAAAAUCAAGAAAGUUUUGUUGUAGUAUUGAUACUUGGCUUUUCUUAUGCCUGGCCUGUUUCAUUCAUUCACAUUACCUGCCUGCCACCCUGAUAGGCACUGUAGCUGGCAUCUUGAAGUUUAAAUCAAUCAACAGAGAAAUAGGGAGAGAGACGUGAAUGCUUGCUUUUUGGGUUUUGGGGUUUCUUUUGAGACAGAGUCUCACUCUGUCACCCAGAUUUCAGUGCAAUGGUGCGAUCUGGGC